UAUUUUCUUGCAGGCAAUCCAGCUAAUGAAAUCAUCGACUUGCUAAAUCAAAAUCGAACAGCAAGCAAACUCCCCAAAUUGUUCGAUAGUCCAGGGCUCGGAUGCAUGGCCCUGCAGUAUAUCUCCGAAUGUAUAUUAAACUGCAGCAGUAACAAUACAUUAAAAUGUCAGCCUUCAGAAGUUGAUAUCACUGAAGUCUAUGCUCCCAAUUGUGGUGUAGAAUUGCCAACUGUUGAAACCAUUUCUGGGAAAAUUACCGGUUGUCAAUGGAAAUACCUUAAUCCAGAGGAGGCAUUUUCUGAGAUUCUCGUUACGCAUAAGAAGGAACUCUCACUUAUUCAUAGUAAAGAGCAUACUGAAGUUGGCGUAGCAUUGAGGAGAGUGAAGAAGGGUGCUUCGUUCUGGUGUAUUUUGUUUAGUACCGGGAAAACUAAUUCGAGCUUUGUUCUUGAAGGUGGUCGUGGGAUUGAGCAGAAAACUGGUUGUUUCAGUGGAAUUGAUCAACCUUGUAGUGAUGGGAGGAAGGUUGUGUUCUUGGAUGAUAUAAUGAAUUUUGGUUUUGUCAUUCUUGUUUAUGCUUUUGUAUUUGGUGUUCAAAUGUAGGAGAACGUGAGAGAGCAGGUUAGAGACAUUCUUUAGUUUGUAAUGAAGUGGAAAAGUAAUGAAUUAGAGACUUUGGAAGAACA